UGUAAAAAGAGAAUCUAAAAAAGGAUACAAGGCUGCAUGCAGCAAAGUUAUAGUGAGAUGUGUUCGAUUUUUUUCUCUAGAUGGGACGACGGAAUUGAGGCAUUUUCCAAUAAAGGGGCACUAGUUAUUCCCUAUUGGAACUUGUCUUUGAAUUCUCUCUUUUUCCUAAAGCCGAAAAGCAGUCCACCACCUUUCUCCUCCGUCUCCAUCCAUCCCUGGAGAGUGUGCGCUGCGGUGAGGUGGACCGUGGACGCGACGCGCGCACGCACGCGCGCGCUCCGCAGCCGAUCCGGCGGCAUCCACCACCACCACCACCACCACCACCACCUCGCGAUGCGAUGCGAUGCCGCCGCCACCGCCCACCAUGGUGAGGUUCCAGGUUCCCCUCCAUCUCCUCCUCCUCCAUGAUAGCUCCAUCCAUGUCGCGUCUCUCUCUAUGUCCCUCCUCCUCCACGCGCGCACUCACCACUCCACUCCACGACCACGACCACGCGGCGAAGAAGACGUCAAGCCGCCGUGCCGCAGCAGCAGCUCACUCUCAUGUCGCAUGCCCCCCGAUUCUUGCUCUUCCUCCUCCAGCUCCUCGCCGCCUCCGUCGUCGCGCGGCCGCCGCCGCCGGAGAGAGCGGACUCCGCCGCGGUCCUGCGCUCGUUUCUUGCGUCUCUGCCGCCGCCGUCGCGGCGCGUGCUCCGGCCGUCAUGGCGGCGUGGCGGCGGCGGCGGCGCCCCGCACUGCGCGUUUCUUGGCGUCACGUGCGACGCCGCGGGCGCGGUCGCCGCGCUCAACCUCUCCGGGGCGGGGCUGGCCGGCGAGCUGGCGGCGUCCGCGCCGCGCCUCUGCGCGCUCCCGGCGCUCGCCGCGCUCGACCUCAGCCGGAACGGCUUCACCGGCUCGGUCCCCGCGGCGCUCGCGGCGUGCUCCUGCAUCGCGACGCUCGUCCUCAGCUUCAACUCCCUCUCCGGCGCCGUCCCCCCGGAGAUCCUCUCCUCGCGCCGCCUGCGGAAGGUCGACCUCAACAGCAACGCGCUCACCGGCGAGAUCCCCACCACCGGCCUCGCCGCCGGCUCAUCGGUUCUCGAGUACCUCGACCUCUGCGUCAACUCCCUCUCCGGCGCCAUUCCGCCGGAGCUCGCCGCCGCGCUCCCGGAGCUCACCUACUUGGACUUGAGCAGCAACAACCUAUCCGGGCCAAUGCCGGAGUUCCCGCCGCGGUGCGGGCUCGUCUACCUCAGCCUCUACUCCAACCAGCUCGCCGGAGAGCUACCCCGCAGCCUCACCAACUGCGGCAACCUCACCGUCUUGUAUCUAUCCUACAACAAAAUCGGCGGCGAGGUGCCCGAUUUCUUCGCCUCCAUGGCUAACUUGCAAACGCUUUACCUUGAUGAUAAUGCCUUCGUCGGGGAGUUGCCGGCAAGCAUUGGUGAGCUUGUGAAUUUGGAAGAAUUGGUGGUGUCGGAAAACGCGUUCACCGGCACAAUCCCUGAAGCAAUUGGGCGGUGUCGAUCGUUGACAAUGCUCUACUUGAAUGGCAACAGGUUUACCGGCUCAAUUCCAAAGUUCAUCGGUGAUUUGACCCGAUUGCAGUUGUUCUCGAUUGCGGACAAUGGAAUUACAGGUGAAAUUCCACCGGAGAUUGGGAAAUGCCGCGGAUUGGUGGAAAUAGCACUUCAGAACAACAGCCUUUCUGGGAUGAUACCACCGGAUAUCGCCGAGCUCAACCAACUGCAGAAGUUGAGCCUGUUCGAUAACAUACUCCGCGGUCCAGUUCCUCUGGCAUUGUGGCGAUUAUCCAACAUGGCAGUGCUGCAACUCAACAAUAAUAGUUUCAGUGGUGAGAUACAUUCAGAUAUCACUCAAAUGAGGAAUCUUACGAAUAUCACCUUGUACAACAACAACUUCACUGGUGAGCUACCACAGGAAUUGGGGCUGAACACAACACCGGGGCUUCUUCAUAUUGACCUCACUCGCAACCAUUUCCGUGGCGCAAUUCCACCUGGUUUGUGCACGGGAGGCCAGCUUGCAGUUCUUGAUCUUGGAUACAACCAGUUUGACGGAGGAUUUCCCAGUGAGAUAGCUAAAUGUCAGUCUCUGUACAGGGUUAAUCUGAACAAUAAUCAGAUCAAUGGGAGCUUACCUGCAGAUUUUGGCACCAAUUGGGGGUUGUCAUACAUAGAUAUGAGCAGCAAUCUACUUGAAGGGAUAAUACCAAGUGCGCUCGGUUCAUGGAGCAACCUCACAAAGCUUGAUCUCUCAAGCAACAGCUUCUCAGGUCCAAUACCUCGUGAGCUCGGCAACCUGAGCAAUCUUGGAACUCUGCGCAUGUCAUCAAACAGGCUGACCGGACCGAUACCACAUGAAUUGGGAAAUUGCAAGAAACUUGCCCUUCUGGAUCUUGGAAAUAACUUUCUCAGUGGAAGUAUUCCAGCAGAGAUCACAACACUUGGUAGCCUGCAAAAUCUAUUACUUGCUGGAAACAACCUGACUGGAACAAUACCAGACUCCUUCACUGCAACUCAGGCCCUCCUCGAGUUGCAGCUUGGUGAUAAUUCCUUAGAAGGAGCUAUACCACACAGCUUAGGUAGUCUUCAGUACAUCUCUAAAGCUCUUAACAUUAGCAACAACCAGUUGAGCGGACAAAUCCCAAGUAGCCUCGGCAACCUUCAGGAUCUGGAAGUACUUGACUUGUCGAAUAACUCAUUGUCUGGUAUAAUUCCAUCACAGCUGAUCAACAUGAUCUCACUUUCUGUUGUUAAUCUAUCUUUUAAUAAGCUAUCUGGUGAGCUCCCAGCUGGGUGGGCUAAGCUCGCCGCGCAGUCUCCUGAAAGCUUUUUGGGGAAUCCUCAAUUAUGUGUACACUCCAGCGAUGCACCAUGCUUGAAGAGUCAAUCUGCGAAAAAUAGAACCUGGAAAACACGGAUUGUUGUCGGAUUGGUAAUCUCCUCUUUCUCUGUUAUGGUUGCUAGUCUGUUUGCUAUUCGUUACAUUCUGAAGAGGUCUCAGCGCCUAUCGACGAAUCGUGUCUCGGUCCGUAAUAUGGACUCAACUGAGGAGUUACCAGAAGAAUUGACCUACGAAGAUAUCCUCCGUGGCACUGACAAUUGGAGCGAGAAGUAUGUCAUUGGAAGAGGUCGGCACGGGACGGUCUACCGGACAGAGUGCAAACUUGGAAAGCAGUGGGCAGUCAAGACAGUUGAUCUGUCACAAUGCAAACUCCCCAUUGAGAUGAAGAUUUUGAACACAGUGAAGCACCGGAACAUCGUCAGGAUGGCUGGGUACUGCAUCCGUGGAAGCGUCGGCCUAAUCCUCUACGAGUACAUGCCCGAGGGGACGCUGUUUGAACUGUUGCACAGAAGGAAGCCUCAUGCUGCCCUUGACUGGACAGUCCGGCACCAGAUCGCCUUCGGUGUAGCACAAGGCCUCUCUUAUCUGCAUCAUGAUUGUGUUCCCAUGAUUGUUCAUAGAGAUGUCAAGUCAAGCAACAUACUGAUGGACACCGAGCUAGUACCGAAGCUCACAGACUUCGGCAUGGGGAAGAUUGUUGAAGAUGAUGAUUUGGAUGCCACGGUGUCAGUUGUUGUUGGCACCCUCGGCUACAUUGCUCCCGAGCAUGGGUACUACACAAGAUUAACCGAAAAGAGCGACGUCUACAGCUACGGAGUAGUGCUACUUGAGCUCCUGUGCAGGAAGAUGCCUGUGGAUCCUGCAUUCGGGGACAGUGUGGACAUUGUGACAUGGAUGAGAUCGAACCUGACGCAGGCAGAUCGCCGCGUCAUCAUGGAAUGCCUCGAUGAGGAGAUCAUGUACUGGCCUGAAGAUGAGCAGGCAAAGGCACUGGACUUGCUGGACCUGGCCAUGUACUGCACACAAUUGGCUUGCCAGUCAAGACCUUCCAUGAGGGAAGUUGUGAACAAUCUAAUGAGGAUGGACAAGUAAAGAAAUGUGAAGAUUUUAACAACAUUCCGAGGCCGAAAAGUUAUCUCCUAAAUAGCUUACAUGUAGAAAUGCAACUCUAGAGUUGAUACAAAUGUUUCUUCAGAAUUUUGUCAGACACUUAAAAUUUUCAGUUAUCUAUAGGGAAAAAUAAUUACAGUGUUAUACUAGAAUAUGAUUGUAUUAGUAUCAUAGAAAUUCUGGCCUCAAGUUAUGCUGUAAAUUUAUCUGCAAAUAACUUUCUAAAGGUAAAAUUUCUGUUUCCUAACCUGCAUCCUCUGAACAUGUAUGAUUCAUGAAGUAUCAUCUGUUGCCUACUGUUAAGAACCAAAGUUUGAGCUCGAAAUUUUCAGUUUAUCUCUGUCAAUCAAGAAAAUUUACAGUGAUAAUUGUUUUAUUAAGUGAAGACAAAUUACUAUUUCCUAACCUGCGUGAUCUGAACAUGGACGAACUAAAGUUGAGCUCUUCUUCAGUCUGAGAACCUUUUUCAGUUGUCACUGCUGCAGGUGUGAAAAAACUCAAUUCCUUGGUUGAAUUCCAUCUACAAAACAGAUUAAGAAAAAGCCAAAGGAAUCUGACUCCUUUCAUGAAAGGAGGCAGGAAAUCGAUUCCAUGGCAAACUCCUGUAAAAAAAUUGAUUCCUUGUCGCGCUCUUCAGAAGAACGGAAUCCUCCCUGAGGCCUCCCUUCCCUCACCGCCGCCAUGGAUGAGCUCUCUGCUCCUGGUUCCACUUCGACCGGGGCGACCUCGUGCGCCUCCCGCCGGAGCACAUCUCCCCUCGUCCGCCGCGACGGCGGCUUUCCCCGCCUCUUCCGGGGGUUUCUGUUUCAACCAGCCGGACCUAUUUUCUGUAACUGUUUCCUUGAAAAUCUUUGUUUUAUCCAAUAAAUAUGAAAAUGUUGGUUUGUA